AUGGGAUUGAAUGAUGAUUUGGUGAUCAAGGAGACCACUGUGCCUCCGCGUGAAAUCAAAGUUAAAAUUCCAGGAGGUGUCACCGGAACUCUCGCUAUUCCUCAUGCUGCCGAUAUCGAUGGGGACGAGAGAUAUAAAUAUGCCUCUCCAACCAAACGAGUGGCAUUACUUUUGCAUGGCCAGGGAGGUCACCGUGACUACUGCUACCAGAAGGUAGUGGCACAUAGAUUAGCCGCAGAAUUAGGCUUGUAUUCUUUCAGAAUUGAUUUCAGAGGUUGUGGAGAUUCGGACGACUACGAUGAUCCCACCCUUGGAAGAACGCUUGAAUCCGACACCACCGACAUUCAUAAUUCGGUGAUCUACCUUGUUGAUGGAGCCAAGAACACACUUGGCAUUGAUUUCGAGAUUGCAGCUUUAAUCGGCCAUUCUCGUGGCAGCGUGGCCAUGUUUCUUUGGGCCAUGGAACAGGACAGAAUCUUUUCUAUAGAUCCGCAAAGAGCCAUUAUAGUUCCAAACCUUAUCAACAUGUCGGCCAGAUUUGAAUCAAAAACAGUGUAUGACAGAUAUCCCAGUGAGGACAAUAGCUGGGAAUACUUGUUGCAAACCGGUCUUCGUUAUGGUAAAUGGGAAAAGUACAAGAUCCCAAAGAACGAGAUUGAUGAGCUCCUGAAACCUGACUUGACGAAAUUAAGAGACCUUUCGCUUAAAUGGUCAGUGUUGAGUGUUUAUGGAAUGGAAGAUGAUAUUAUUCCAAGGGUUGAUAGUGCUCAUUAUGCGAAUCAUCUCAACCGUGGCUUUUAUUCCCACGAGCUUCAGUUGAUUCCUGGAGCGGACCACAACUUCUACGGAGUUGAACCAUUGGAAGAUGAAGACGACGCCGAUAUCAUCAAUCCCUAUAACCUUCCUUUAAACAAGAACAAAUUGGUCAACUACAACUACUUGGCUGCCGCCUACAUCAUGAGGUAUCUUCAACCAGAACAGGAGCUGAUCAGGUUUCUCUUUUCUUCUAAGCUGAUAAAUGAUGUUUCAAGGUGGAAAACUAUCGACGGGAUUUCAAACUUCAGAGAUAUUGGUGGCUGGCGAGUCACGAGUCCUCGCUAUCCGAUCGAUGGUAUGAGAUCGGCCAUUGUUCGCCCAAAUUUUAUCUAUAGAUGUGCCAACACAAACCUUGUGACUGCCAAAGGAAAAUUAUCUUUGAGAGAUUUGAAAAUUAGAAAGGUAUACGACCUUCGUUCUAAUCAAGAGUGCGCCAAAGAUGGUGUGAUCGAAGAUUUGGAGGAACUAAACAUUGAGAGGGUCUUCAAUCCAGUUUUUGCAAACGAAGAUGCCUCUCCCCAAGCGCUCGCCCUCAAAACAGCCAACUUACUUACUCAUUGGGACACUUAUGUGAACAUGUACGACAACAUGCUUGAGGAAGGAUACGCCUCUUUUCAAAAGAUGUUUAAGCAUAUUCGUGAUCACCCCAGUGACCCAUUUGUUUUCCACUGCACAGCAGGCAAGGACAGGACAGGCGUAUUUUGUAUGUUGGUCUUGAGAUUCGUGGGCGUUGACAAGCACACCAUUGCAAGAGAGUACGACUUGACAAGUCAUGGAUUGAAGCCAGAAUAUCCCAAGAUUGCGAAGGCUUUCCAGGCUGGAUUAGAGAAAUUCAAGACUAAGAUCCUGUUGCACGACUUGGAAAUUAUGGUUGGUCGUGGACGUAAGGGAUGGACUCUUGAAAAGGAUGGUUUGCAAAAUCUUUUAAGCUCACGCUACGAAGCCAUGCUCGCUACGAUUGACUUACUUGAUGAAAAGUAUGGAGGCGUCGUGAAUUACAUGCAAGAAUAUCUCAAGUUCACGGAGUCUGAUUUGCAAAAGAUUUUCUAUAACUUAGUGUUUGACGAAGACAAGUUAGCUUGGAGCAAACAGUGGACUGAAUCCAAAUUUUAG